GCUCAUUCUCAUCUCGUCUCCGCGACCUACACAGUGUCGCUCCUCACAAGUCUGCGUGUUCCUAUAUCACUACCACCAGAGCUACUCUUCUCCGGACAAAAGUUUACACUCAGCCCAGCGAGUCUGUAUGUGCGUGAAACCCUCGCCGGGGGUAAAGUCCCUGUUAUACUCGUGCUCCUUCCUCGAGUCACCCCCGUCGGUUCAGUUGCCGAUCGCCGCGACGACGAAACGGAACCCGACCACCCGCUCUCGCUUUCCCAGACAACAUUAUCAUUUUGUUAACAAAUUACUAUCAUCACAGUCAUCACAAUCAUCACUCACGGAUAUCUUCUACCUCUUAAACUCCGACUCUAAUUUCUGUGCUCCAAAAUAUUUUCUGUUUUUUUUUUUUUAUUUUCUCGCACUGAUUAUUUUGUGAAGUGAAAAAUAAUCAAUCUAAUUGUGACGUGAAUGUUAUUUUUUUGCCAUGUGAUAGCUGGACAUGUGGAGUAAAUAAUUCAUUUAAAAGGACAAUAAAGUGACUGAUGUUAACUGAUGGCUUGUAGUCAUAUUUAUCAAAUGAAGAUAAUUAUUUUGUUAAAUAAUAACUGGAUUUGUGUGUUAAUGUCUUGAGUGUUUCCGUCGUCUUAUACAAGAGAGUAAGAGAGUGAAUAAGGAACGUGGGUGAGGAAUGAAUGGACCAAGACACUGGAGAGACUCCGUCCCUGUAAUUCAAUCCGACGAUCUUUCUCAGUGAGUAAAAAAUAUAAAAAAUAAUACCUGUGGGCUAUAGCAGGCCUAAAUUAUGCCCACAUUAUUCCUCGUUAGUUUUGAUAAAGAUGCAACUCCAAUAACUCUCACUCAACAAUUUAUAUAACUCUAAUAUUAUUUUCUAGUCAAUUUACAAUAGAAUUUCUCAUCAUAAUCAUCAAUCAGGUUAAUUUUUUUAACAAAUUUAUAUGCUGACUGAGGGCUAAAAUUGGAAUGAUUUGCAUCCGUCGAUCGGCAAACUUUAAAAACGAGUGCGGAGUCGCGCAUUCUCAGAUUAUUAUUUUUAAAAUUAAUUUUAUUUGUAAACUUGUUGGAAUUGAGACAGUGGAAUUUAACUAUGAGACUAUUUGGAGAAAGAUAAAUAAUAUUUGGUGAUAAAAAUAACACACAAAGAAGGAGUAAAAGUCGAGCGCCACAAUUCGCAAACCGUCGGAUGAAGAAUGUAAGCGUCCGUCGCUUGCUGAAUUUUUACUGCGGCUUAAAAGCUUCAUUACUUAAAAUAAAUAAAUAAAUUAUUUAUACAUAUUUAAAAUAAUUUAACUGAUUGAUUAAAUAAAUAAUAAAUAAAGAUGAUAAAUACCUCGUAAUAAGAUUUGAGUAACAAAGAGUCGGGUCUAAUUUUGUUAUUGAGAAGCGAUGCAAAUUUAAAGUCAUCACGAUUCAGCCGAAGGACCUGAAAAUGCCGCAGCGGUCGCCGUUUGCGAUCCAGGAGCUGCUGGGCCUGAAUGGAACAGGAAGUGGAAGUGGACAAGAGCGAGGCUCGCCACAUCAACAGGGCUCACCACCCGCAGGAGUAUCCGCAGUCUCCUACGCACCGUCAGCGCCACACCACAAAAUAUGGGACUACAUGCCCAGCCUGACCAAUCACCUGGGCAACCUGGGAAACCUGGGGAAUCUCGGCAACCUGACCGCCUCGAGGAUGGCCUACCUGAAUGCUCAAGCGGCAGUCGCGGCAGCUUUCCUGCCACCUCCACACCCCCACCCGGCCCAUCACGUCGCCCAUCACCAGGUACACCAACCAGGACAACUUCCAGGAUCACCGGGUAUGAACGUGCACCCCGCAGCUGCGCAUGCCCAGCACGUUCUUCCAGGCACUGGUGUCUCUGGUAAUCACCAGCACAGUCCCAAUCAUCAGCAAACGCCACCACACGAUUUCUCACAGUCCAAGAGUAAUUUUUCAAAUACAAACUUUGGCGUCGGCCAUCACGUUGAGUCUGGUAAAGACUUUACUGUUGACGGGUUAUCAGGAUUCAGUAAAAAAAAGAAGAAAAAACGUCGCCAUAGCUCCAGGACGAUCUUCACGUCCCAGCAGCUGGAGGAGCUGGAGGCGGCAUUCAAGGAGGCUCAUUACCCAGACGUUUAUGCCCGCGAGAUGCUCAGCCUCCGGACAGAUCUUCCAGAGGACAGAAUACAAGUAUGGUUUCAAAAUCGACGAGCAAAAUGGCGCAAGACAGAAAAAUGUUGGGGUAGAAGUACCAUAAUGGCGGAGUAUGGACUCUACGGAGCAAUGGUGCGGCACUCAUUACCUUUACCGGAGACUAUAUUGAAGAGCGCGAAAGAAAAUGAGUCUGUGGCGCCUUGGCUACUGGCACAAUCGUCUAAGACAAGCGGCUUUAGUCAAGAUUUCGAAACUAAUCAAGAACUGAUUGACUGUGGCCCCGUAGGGAUGCACCGGAAGUCGAUUGAGGCUGCGGAGCACCUCAAGUCCGGAGGCGAGGACAGCGGAAACGAUCACGCUGGCAGUAGCAGCAGUCCAAGUCACAACCACCACCAGGGCGGACCAACCAGUUCCGAAAGUGGUCAGGAGAGUCAGGACGGUAUGGGAGGACCAUCAACCGGUGCCGUUCAGGAUACUGAGCAAUUGAGGAAUGAAAGUAUCGCAUGUUUACGAGCGAAAGCACAGCAGCACCAGCUACAACUGAGUCUACAACCUGCCGCGGGAAGCAGCGGUGGGUCUACAACACCCGGAAGUACGUCAUAUCCGACAGGACCACCGCCGACCAACACACUCCACGCCUCUGUUUAAUUUGUGAAUAAUCUCAAUUAAUCAAUUUCCACGAUCCCAAUCACUCGUCAUCCCCUUUCCCAAUCCCUUCCCAAUCCCUUCCCAAUCGAAUCCAACUCAACUCUCGGCUCUCGACUCUCUCAGUGUAAUCCCAUUCCGAGCGGUUAUUUGGAUUACCUGAACUCUGCGUCAACCUUGUUCGCUCCAUUUCCGUUAAUAAUAUCAGCAGCGACUACUCAACUGAUCGAGGCCGCUUAUCCAGCUCUCAACCCACCUUAAAAUUUACACCAGAAUGUAAGAGCAUCUGGCCAUCACAGCAACAUCAACCUAUCAGUAGAACGGAAUAUCCAGCAAACUAAUUUCCUUGAGCUACUUACUUAUCAUCCGCAAGUUACCUCAAUUUAUGAUACACGUAUUUAAAGUCAGGAUUAUUAUUAUUAUAUCUGCUAAUUUAUUACAAACUUCAUUACUCAAUUAAAAUCAUUAUAAUUAUCAUUAUAAAUACUUACAUACAUACAUACAGACCUACUUAAAUUUAUAAAAAUAAUAAUAUUUUUUGUUGUACAAUAUCUAUCUCGUCUAAUCAACGAUUAAUCUAAGUUACAUUAUUACGAUACGUUUACUGUCGGCAACGAAAAUAUAAAUCCAGGGCCUAAUUAUCCGGGCUACGGUUCGUUAAUUUUAAAAUUGUAAAGAAAAGUCAACGAAAUCAUGUUUUUAAACUCAGCAUCAGAAUCAGCGUAAACAUAAAAAAUCAGUACCUAUUAAAACAUCGAACUUUAUCGCUACUGAUUAAAUUGAAACCAAUAAAAUUAUAUUAAAGUUACAUUUAAAUUAAAU